AUGGACGACGCAGCGGUUGACGACUACAACCACGAUGGCGGGCGGUCGACGUCAGAGGGUGACAGCGAGCCCGAGGCGCCCGCCGACCUCAUGGUCGUUUCGCGCGCACGGAGAUCGAACGCGGGCAACCGCAUGUCCACGCUCUUGGCCACGGCCGCCACCGGGGAGGACGAGUGGGGAGAAGAGUGGGAAGAGUUGGCCAACGAGGAGGAUUUUGUGGGCGACGAUGCCAACGAGCAGGAAGACUACAACCUGGACUCGUCGUCGUCCGAGGACGAAGAUGCUGGCGACGACGAAGACGCGGGCGAGAAGGAGCUCCGCAAGGCAGAGCGUCAAGAGCGCACCAAGAAGCGCAAGACAGCCACGAACCCGUUCGCCGCACGUCUGGCUGCGACCUCCCGCAAGCGCGUCAAGCUUGAUGUCCCGGCUACUGCGACCCAGUCCCCGCCAGCUGGCCCACCACGACCCAAGAAGAAGUCGGAGCGGGCGUCGUGGAUCCCCACCGAUGAAGAUGGACCCAUACGCACAUCGUCGAGGAAGCAAACGAUGGCAAACAAGGAGCACACGUUGGCAAAACUGAAGGAGAAGGACCAGCGCCGCGAUGAGACGCUGGCCAUGAUGAAGGCAGCCGAGGCGCGCAAGGCAAAGGACGAACCGAAGCCUCUGACCCAGGCCGAACGUCUAGCCGAGGCUGCUCGAGUGGAGCGCAUCAACAAGAAGACGCUCCAUCGCUGGGAGGAGGCUGAGGAGCAGAGAGCCGCCGAAAGGCAGGCCAAGAUCGAUGCCCUGAAGAACAGGCAGAUCGAUGGGCCCUUCAUCCGCUUCUAUAGUGGUCCCGCUAUUUGGGUUGACGACAAGGUCAAAUACACGGGAAAGGAUGCUCCCAAGCUUGAAGACUUGGAGGAGAAACUCAACAAAGAGAUGACCGCAUCGACAACCACCGAGAACCCCUCUUCCAGUGAUCAGCCGAUACCCAUUUCCGUUGAUCAAACCCGGAGCCAGGACGCCCAGACCAUUGCGACAUCGCUACCGCUGAGUAUAGAUUCGCAGUCUGGAUCAAUACCAGCCUCCCAACCACCCGUUCAGGAUGUCACAAUAUCGCAGGGCCCCCCAUUUGCGAACAAUGUCAUGUUCGCUCCCCCAUCAACUUCAGACUCUUUCCUCUUCCAAAUGGACCAAUAUACACAGUCCAGCCAACACCAUACCUCAGAACCCGAGCUGCCUCCCAACCCGUUUCAAAACUCACAACCUGACCUGCCCUCCAAUCCAUUCCAAACCUCACAGCCAGACCUCCCGCCCAAUCCCUUCCUCUCAGCAUCACACUCCAACCUCUCCGACCUCUCUUUCACGCCUUCACUCUUCUCCCAAGAACAACCACCACCCACGACAAUGUCCCCUCAGCACCUCCUCGCACAAUUCCGAAAUCCGGCUCCUCCGCAAGUCCCACCCCCACCGCCUCGUCGCAAACUCAUCCGCCGCGCCCUCCGCAAUCUCCUCAUCCUCUGCUCUUUCCCCAAUCUCGACGCCACCGCCGCCCCAACCCGCGCCCGCACCACGGCCUCUCUCCUCAAAGAAAAAGACCGCGCCGCCCUCGUCCAGCUCUCCACCGCGCUCUUCGCCUGGUCCGUCCCCGAUGCCACGUCCUUCGUCACCGCCAUGCUCAACGCGCCCAAGACCAAGAAGGAAAAAGAGGCGCUGGCGAAGCCGAAGAAGGAGCUGUGCGCGGUGAGCAACAAGGAGGCGCGGUACCGCGAUCCCGAGACGGGGAUUGCGUACCGGGAUAGCCGCGCGUUUGGGGUGCUGCGGGGGGUGGUCGGGGGCGGGUUCGUGUGGUGUGGCGAGUUGGGGUGUUAUGUUGGGGGACGGGCGAAGCCGAUGGAGAGUCGGGGGAAGGGGUUUUUGGGAAUGGCGCCGGCGGCGGGGGUGCCAAGGAGGUUUCUGGAGAUGGAGACCAAGAGGGCUGAGGUUGGUGCUGUGCUUGGUGGGGGCGAGUCAAGGCCUGUGGAGGUUGGUAGUGCGGUAGAGGGGAGUGAGGCGGCCGCCGUGAAGACGGAAGAGCCUGCCACGACUGUGUAG